AUGGAAGGACUAAGCGUUGUCAGAACAGAUGAAGAGAAAAUACUUGGUAUGAUAUGGCAACCAAUGUCGGAUACAUUUACAUUAAAAAUCAAGCUAAACUUCUCGCCGAAGCGAAAGGGAGUUCGAACAGGUUUUAACUUAAAUGCACAACAGAUCGACGAUAUCCCACAGAACUUGACUCGUCGAAUGGUUCUAAGUCAGGUGUCAAGCAUCUACGAUCCUCUUGGUUUGGUUACUCCGUAUAUUUUAUCUGCCAAACUUCUAAUGCGAAGCAUGUGUACAAAGUCAGACAUAGGUUGGGAUACACCAUUAGAUGAACAAUUAACCACAACAUGGAUUGAGUUUUUCAGAGGUUUGUUUGAACUUGAGAACAUUAAAGUACCGAGACGCUUAAAACCAGAGUUCACUAUUGGCAGCCCGACAUUGGUAAUAUUUUCGGAUGCAAGUCAAGUGGCAUACGGAGCAUGUGCGUAUGUUCGAUGGCAAACUGGCAAUAAUUAUGAGACUAGACUACUUUUUUCCAAGAAUAGGAUUGCGCCUACAAAACAGUUAUCUAUUCCAAGACUCGAACUUUGUGCAGCCAUUCUUGCGGCUCGAAUAAGACAAAAAAUCAUUCAAGAAAUGGACUGGGAAUUUGUAAAGAUAAUUCAUAUAACUGACUCAAUGAUUGUUCGAGCACAGAUCCAAAAAGAAAGCUACGGAUUUGGAACAUUUGUUGCAACGAGAGUUGCGGAAAUACAAAGUAUUACCGAUCCUUCUGAUUGGUAUUGGAUUCAAGGGGACCUUAACCCAGCCGACUUAGUAACUAGACCAACACAGCCUGAUAUCUUGGAUGAAAAUUCUGUAUGGCAAAGAGGGCCAGAAUUCAUGAGAGAGUCUAUCGAUUGUUGGCCAACAAGACAAGAUAGUACUAUAGAAUCGAAACAACUUCCAGACGUAGUCAGUGUGACACUAUGUAUUGAUAAGAGAAAUGUAAAGAUAGCACCUACUCUUAUCGAUAUUGAUAUAUCCCGAUUCUCAAGAUUGGAAAAGUUACUCCGUGUGACUGCACUCGUGUUAAGUAUAAUUAAAAAGAAAACAUUUAGAGGGACAUUUCACACUUUAAACACCAAAUCAAUUAAGCAAGCAGAACAUAUGUGGGUCAAAGAGGCACAAGGAGAAAUCACUGAAACUUUCAUGACACUAUUUCAGAGACUAGGCCCUUAUAAAAGACAGGAUGGAAUCAUUGUUGUCGGACAGAGGAUGGCUGAUUGGAUUAAGGAAUCAUGGAACCAAACGGAAUUUGUUCUUAUACCAUCAAAACACCCUUUAGCAAAUCUUAUCGUACAAUCUGUUCAUAAUGAGGAUCACGGUGGAAUUGAUUCAACUUUAGCGAAGAUUAGAAGCAGGUUUUGGAUACCUGGUGUUAGGCGCACCAUAAAACAGAUCAAGGAGAAAUGUGUGACAUGUAGAAAAAGAAACAAAACUACUUUGACACAGCAGAUGGGGAAGCUUCCGUCAUAUAGAUUGAAUCCAUCGCCACCUUUUUACUACUGUGCAGUAGAUUUAUUCGGACCGUAUACCAUCCGUGAUACAGUCAAAAGAAGGACAUUUGGGCAAGCGUAUGGAGUGAUUUUUAACUGUCUGACUAGCAGAGGCGUAUAUGUUGACCUUGUUGAAGGAUAUGAUAAGAACAGUUUUUUGAUUGCGCUAAGAAGGUUUGUCUCGAUUCGUGGAUAUCCAAGAAUGAUGAUUUCUGAUGCCGGAACGCAGUUAGUUGCUGCAGGAAAAGAACUUAAGCAAGUUGUGCAUACAUGGGAUUGGGACGAUAUUAAAACAUUUGGAACUAGUAAAGGAAUGCAAUGGAAUAUAAUAAAAUCAGCUGAUGCACCAUGGGAAAAUGGUUGUAGCGAAGCUCUUAUCAAAUCUGUUAAGAAAUGUCUUGAUGUUGCCAUAGGGGAUUCAGUGAUGACAUUUUCAGAAUUGCAAACUGUAUUAUUUGAGACUGCUAAUGUGUUAAAUGAAAGACCGAUAGGUACAAAGAACUGUGAUCCGAAUGAAGGGACAUACUGA